AUGUACUUGCAUACGUUUAACACAUCAUCUGUGGGUCCCAUCAAGGCCCAAUUGCUUACUCCAGAAAACUUCAAACCCUAUGGAGGAGUUCUCAGCGCAGACGAACAGAUCAAAGAAGCCCAGGCUUCAAGCGCCAACUAUGGCACAGCAGUGAAGUUACAUAAAGUGGCACCCGUCACCAACAACUUCCAGUUCUGCAAGAGCGGGAAACCUGCCCAGGCAAAUUGGAAUAUCUUCAGAUGCUCUGCCCCAAAGCAUUUGAUAUCAGGCAUGAAAACAAAGACCUAUAAAUCCACCGUUCUUGAGAGGCACCCAUAUAGCUCUCAGACAUUUGUACCUAUGGGCCAGGACUUGAAGAAAGUCUCGUAUCUCGUCAUCGUAGCUGACACAGAUCAUUCUCUGCCUGAUAAGCUUCCAAACCCCAAUCUGAUUAAAGCGUUUUUGUGUAGAGGGAACCAGUCGGUCACUUAUGGUGCAGGCACCUGGCAUGCUCCGAUGGUAGUCAUCGACGAGAAGAUUCCACACAUUGACUUUGGCGUUUUCAUUCACGAAAACGGGGUACCACAAGAGGACUGUCAGGAGUGCUCAUUUGAACCAGGCUAUUCCAUAGAGUACACCGACCCUUACACAGCUAGACUCUAA